UACUGGCUGUUUACAUGGUAAUUUUUAUGGUACUGACUAUUGUAACAAGGUGGAUAUCUUUGGCGCGGCAAGUUUUGUUUAUUUUACUAGGUUUGAUAUAAAUUAUGAUAUAGCGAUCCUCGCCAUGGAUGAUGUGACCAUAGUUGGGUCAUCAAUGACAAGAUGGUACAAAAAUUGAACAGCGAAGAAGAUCUCGCAGUGGCAGAAGCUGCAAAGAAUGAUCCAGGUGUCUCUAAGUAUCAGUCAGACCGAUGCAAACUGUUGUCAGAAAGCAAAGUUAUCAUUGAUAACUUUAUAGCUCAAGGUCGUGAUGUUAACGCUGUAUAUUCCAUCCAAUUUUGCGGUUUUGAAAUGAUGAUGAUCUCUUUGUCUUUAUUCAAAAAUGGCCUCUAUGUUGGCAAUGAAGUUCAUCAUGUUCAGAUCGAUGAUAGGCUCCAAAGAUAUCGCGAUUAUCUUUCCACUAUUAAACAGUUGCUUUCUUUCCGUGAUGAAACAAUCAAGUCUCUACACCAAGCUGACGAUCAUGCUGCCAGCCGUCCUUCUGUUAAAGGUCCCAGGUAUAACACUGCUUUGAGGGGGAAAAAACCCGAGCAUUUCAAGUCUACCUGGAGACGAGGAACUUGGGUUCCCCCUAGACGUAAAGAAUCUGUCCCCGCCCCCUUACCAAGCAAUCUGGUGUCACCUUAAUUUUUUAUUUAUACCAUUUUGUUUCCCCUCCCCCUUUCUAGUUUUUUUUUUUCUUUUAUUUGCAUAUAAUAAAUAUUGAAUAUAUAUCCCAUCCUCCUCAA